UCGAAACAUAAGCUGCAUUACAGAAAGGAAGUAGAAAUUACCACCACACUUCAGGAAUUGUUACUCUACUUUAUUUUUUUAAUAAACCUAUGUAUAUUGACUUUUGGGAUGGUAAACCCACAUAUGUAUUACUUAAACAAGGUUAUGUCAUCUCUAUUUUUGGACACUUCUGUGCCUGGUGAAGAAAGAACCAACUUUAAGUCUAUUCGCAGCAUAACUGAUUUUUGGAAGUUUAUGGAAGGACCCCUUUUGGAAGGUCUGUACUGGGAUUCAUGGUACAAUAACCAGCAGCUGUAUAAUUUAAAGAACAGCAGUCGCAUCUACUAUGAGAAUAUACUUCUAGGAGUCCCCAGAGUUCGUCAACUAAAAGUCCGCAACAACACAUGCAAAGUCUAUUCAUCUUUUCAGUCUUUGAUGAGUGAAUGUUAUGGCAAAUAUACUUCUGCAAAUGAAGACCUCUCUAAUUUUGGCCUUCAAAUUAAUACUGAAUGGAGAUAUUCUACUUCUAAUACCAACUCCCCUUGGCACUGGGGAUUUCUUGGUGUUUACCGAAAUGGAGGAUAUAUUUUCACUUUAUCAAAAUCAAAAUCUGAAACCAAAAACAAGUUCAUUGACCUUCGACUGAACAGCUGGAUCACAAGAGGGACUAGAGUUAUUUUUAUUGAUUUUUCCUUAUAUAAUGCUAACGUAAAUCUAUUUUGUAUUAUCAGAUUGGUGGCAGAAUUCCCUGCAACUGGAGGAAUACUUACUUCAUGGCAGUUUUACUCUGUGAAGCUCCUCAGAUAUGUUAGCUACUAUGAUUAUUUUAUUGCUUCCUGUGAAAUCACAUUUUGUAUUUUUCUUUUUGUCUUCACAACACAAGAAGUCAAAAAAAUAAAAGAAUUUAAGUCUGCCUAUUUCAAAAGUAUUUGGAACUGGCUAGAAUUGCUACUUUUGCUGUUGUGUUUUGUGGCUGUUUCCUUCAACACAUACUGUAAUGUACAAAUUUUUCUCUUACUUGGAGAGCUGUUGGAAAGUACUGAACAAUAUUCAGAUUUCUAUUUUCUUGCAUGCUGGCACAUUUAUUACAAUAAUAUAAUUGCUAUUACCAUCUUUUUUGCAUGGAUAAAGAUAUUCAAAUUCAUAAGCUUUAACAAGACAAUGUCUCAGCUGUCAUCAACCUUGUCCCGUUGUAUUAAAGACAUAGUAGGAUUUGCCAUCAUGUUUUUUAUAAUAUUCUUUGCUUACGCCCAGUUAGGAUUUCUUAUUUUUGGAUCACAAGUUGAUGACUUUUCCACUUUUCAGAAUUCCAUAUUUGCACAAUUUCGAAUUGUUCUUGGAGAUUUUAAUUUUGCUGGUAUUCAGCAAGCCAAUCCUAUCUUGGGACCCAUUUACUUCAUCACUUUCAUCUUUUUUGUGUUCUUUGUCCUGCUGAAUAUGUUCUUGGCAAUUAUUAAUGAUACCUACUCUGAAGUGAAAGCUGAUUAUUCAAUAGGCAGAAGGCCGGAUUUUGAACUUGGUAAAAUGAUUAAACAGAGUUACAAAAAUGUUCUCGAGAAAUUUAGACUGAAGAAAGCUCGAAAAGAUGAAGACAAGAAAACUAGCAAAGGCAGCGGAGAUUUGGCUGAACAAGCCAGAAGAGAAGGCUUUGACGAAAAUGAGAUUCAAAAGGCAGAGCAGAUGAAAAAAUGGAAAGAGAGGCUUGAGAAAAAGUAUUAUUCCACAGAAAUUCAAGAUGACUACCAGCCUGUCACUCAAGAAGAAUUUCGAGAACUCUUUUUAUAUGCUGUGGAGCUGGAGAAGGAAUUACACUACAUCAAUUUGAAGCUAAAUCAAGUGAUGAGAAAGGUUUCAGCUCUCUAG